GCGAAGAUCAUGGAACGUAUUUUUACCAAUAUAAUAGUAAGAAAGGCUGGCAAUUUCAUCAGUAGUAGUGUAGCUAUCUAAUUCGUCAACUCUACCCGCAUUUUCUUCUCUCAGUCUACAUGUCUUAAGGAUAGCAAUACAAGCUGAUCUUGGAUGAGGAUGAUCAUUUGUUUUCUGAGAUACUUGAGUUUGAUAGUAGUGAGUAAUAGCAGCAACAUAUUCGUAGAUGGUUGCCAAUUGGAUCACUCUGUCCUCUUGGUUACUGCGUCUGCUUACACGAUUGAUAACCAUAGUUUUGAGAAACAAAUGAAGCUUGUCGCCUGUAACUGUAAAGCGUUGCUCAAUAGAGGAAUGUCUAUAGACAUCGUCGCACCAUACUUGAAACUCUUUGAUCUUAGGGCUGUAUGCUUCAGGGGAGUUAUCCUCAUUUUCAAGCAUAGUUUCUUCCAUGGCUUGUAUCUCAACCAUUUCGGUGCUCUGAUCUGUAGAUGAGGACGUAGCAGUCACAUGAUCAUGAAUAUACAUAGGAUCGUUUACGGGUAGAAAAUUGGACAUAGG